GUAACGAGCAGACAGCUGAAAAGGUUGAAGCUUAGUAGGCUUUAUUGUCCGUCCUUUUCUACCUCUUCUGUGAUGUCACUAUGACAUAUAAGGCUUAUAUUUAUUACUGUCGCAUACCUAUUCCCACAUUAUGUCGGUAAGUGAAAGUAAAGGUGUACAAAAUCAUGAGAAUGGAAAAUAUGUACAACGCGAUGAAAGUUCAUCUUGCGAAGAAGAGCAACCGCUUCUUCAAAAGACGGAGAAAUUCCAAACAUAUGAACGGCGGUGGUACGUCUUGGCCGUGUUUAGUAUGGCAUGCUUUUUACAAGCCGCUGUAUGGAACACAUGGGGACCUAUAACCCAGUCUGCUGAGGUUGUGUUUGGUUGGGAGGACAGUCAGAUUGGAAUGUUAGCUAACUGGGGAAACAUUGCCUACAUAUUCACCGUUUUUCCAGCUUGCUACUUCAUGGAUACUAGAGGUUUACGUAUAUCAUUUUUGGCCUGUACUGUUCUGAUGUUGAUUGGCACUGGAGUCAGAUGUAUAACGUAUGAACCUAAAUAUGCUACAUGGAUGAUGAAUAUAUGCGCUAUUUUAAACGGCAUUGCAGGAACGGUGCCUUUUGCGGGACCAGCACAGGUCGCCAACACUUGGUUUCCACCCCAUCAGAGGACGACGGCUACCGCCAUAGCCUCAAUAUUCAACUAUGGAGGUGUAGCUAUGGCUUUUGUUAUAGGUCCACAGCUUGUAUCAUCACCUAAGUAUAAAAAUGUAACCCAUAUUCAGAAUAAUACACCUACUUUUAGCAGAUUGGCACUAGAUCAAGAUUUACAAAUUUCACACAGCUUAAGAAAUGUGUCAAAUUCAUCUCUAGUUUUGAUUAAUUUUACCCAGAUCCGCCACGACAUAUUGUACCUUAUGUAUUAUGAGUUUGCUGCAGUUGGGCUGUUAUUUUUAUGUAGUCUUACGAUGCCAUCAAAACCCCCUACUCCACCAAGUAUUUCAGCCUCAACACAACGUGUCGAGUAUAAAAAGGCAUUGUUGACUAUUGGUCGAAACAGAGCGGUAUGGUUAAUAGGACUGGCCUAUGCUUUGCCAGCGGGGGUAUAUGGGGUGUGGGGAGCAGUCAUUGAUGUCAUAUUGAAACCUGUAGGAAUUGAACAGACUGAGGUUGGCUGGAUUGGAUUUUACUCUAUAAUGGCUGGUUGUGUGUCAGGUCUAGCUAUAGGAAGAUUUUCAGAUGUCUUCAUGCGGCAUAUGAAGCUCUUCCUCCUGGUAAUGUUUGGUGUGGCGGGAGGAUCUUUUGUGUGGUUCACACUCAUGUGUGUCAAGGUCAUACCACUCUCCACAGUACAAGUAUAUAUCUCAAACAUCAUGGGAGGGAUGUUUCUUAAUGGUGCUAUCCCCCUGUUUUAUGAACUGGGGGCAGAGUCAGCUUUUCCUGUGUCAGAGGGAGUGAUUGGGGGUUUUCUGACGUGGCUCAACAACAUGUUUGGAAUUCUUUUCUUGUUCAUGCUACAAAUACCUGGUAUAGGCACAGACUGGAUGAACUGGACUUUGGUGGGCAGUGUCGCUAUAGGAUUGGCCUUCCUAUUUGUCUUCCCUGAGCGGUACACCAGGACUGAUAUCGAUAUCUGUGUAGACAAAGCAGAAACUGAUCACCCAGAAACCACGAUAAUAGUCAGACAAACUGUGUAUGAAAAUAUAUAAUGAUGAAUUUGGUGAGAGAGAGAGAGAGUUGUCUUUAUAGAUUUUCAAUCUGGACGAUUUUAAAAUAUAGUUUAAGGUCAUAUGCAAUGUUCAUGCACAUGAACUUUACAGUGUACCUUUCCCAUCGAUAAUUUUCCAAAAUAUACUUAAUUCAAAAUCAUAAUACAAUCUUAUGUUCUUAGAAAAAAAGCAGCAUACAUAGCCAGGAGUUUUGAACAAAUAUCAAAUGAUGAAAAUCCUUUUAUUUUUUUCGAAAGAAAAAUUAGCAGAAAAUAGUUUUAGCUGGUAUUUCCCUAAAAUUUGAUUCAGAAAAGGUGUACAACAUUUCCAGGCAUCAUAAAAUCGCACGAAUGUCCUUCAAAUAUUAGAACUCUGAAAUUAAACAUGGAAUAAGAAUAUAAAAUUCAAAACUAUGUUGCAUAUGUCCUUCAGAUUUAUUCCAGUUUUAAGAUUGUUUACUCAACUUUUAAAGUAUGUUGACUGUUGCUGGGAUAUUUUGGUCCUAUUUAUAAGGUCAGUAUCUACAUGUAUCAUGUUGAUAUUAUACACAUUUGAUCUCAUCUACUCAUAUAUGUAUAACCACUUGAUAAGCUUCUACAUGUAUUCAUUCUUAGAAAAGUAAAAUAGCUUUGGAGUAUCAUUUGUUCUUAUCUGAAGCAAUGAAGAUUAAUUAUUGAAAUGCCUUAAAAAAAAGAUAGGUUGCAACCAAAAAGAGGAUAUAUACUUUGAACAAAAAAAUUUGACAGUUUUUGGUAAUUUUCCGACAAGAAGCAAGCUUAAUUUAAAACUACUUUCCUGGUCAUUGGAGAUUGAAAAUGAGAUUUUUUUUUCUUUUCACUCUUACAAUCCAGCAAAACCCCUAUUUUUUUUUUUUACUCUACUUCAAAAUAUUUGUAAGAUUUAAUAGAAUUUAUCUACUGUUUUUGCCCGAGAAACAUGACCAGGACAUCUCAAUUUUACUACCUUAAUUUGGCUUUACUGGUCUUUCAAACCAUCUUGAAUGGGAAAAUAUUUUAAAAUAAGUGGAAGUAAAACAUUACAAGAGACUAGUAAUGUUUUCACUUUAAAUCUUAAACACAGUGUAAACUUUAUAUUUUACAAGAAUGGUCAAAGAAUUACAUGUAUGAAAAUAUAAAUAUAUAAGAUAGUCAAAUUUCUCAGGAAUGUUAAAAAAUAUUUUAGUCCCAAUGCUGCUCUAAAUGCUCAAUAUUUUAUGUUGUACCAAUUCAAAUUUUAAAAAAGAACAUUUUGUUCUUUGGGCAUUUGUUAUUGACUUGCAAUAUUUAUUAAUGAGAUAUUUUAAUGGGUAU